AUGAGACAAGAACCCCCGACCGAGCUGGGGAGGAGCCUUAAUGCGCGUUUGCAGUUCUACGGUAAGCUUUAUCUCGAGCCGAGUGGUGCCUGCCAUUCCAGCUUUACGAGCACCACGUUAAGGCCUAGUUUUGUAGCCAAGUCAGUAGCCUUUCCUUCUGAUCCGAUCCUCGUUUUCAGUAGGGUGGAUGUCCAGUUCGUCCCGCCUCUCGUCAAAGAAGUUGAUAAUCCUCAGGAUUUGGUUCGUGGGCAUUUUCUUUGCACAGGAUGCUCUGGAGAAGAGAUUGGGGGAGGAAGGGGGAAGAAGUCAUACUGGCUAGGAUCGAUGAGUAAGGGAUUUCUUAACCGGCUGAUGCAUUCCAAUUCCCCCCACCCGGGGGGAAAUCUUAGAGACUCGAUCUUUCCAAUACAUCGACUGGAGCGGGCAUCUCGGUCGGUUGACGAAGCUUUUAUUGGACUCGCUUUCCUUCUCUCCGCUAAUCGCACUGAAAUGACUAGACUGGAUCGUUGGUUGAAUCUCCGCCCUACUUUCGCUUGGACCGAUAUCGAUUCACUGCUUCUCUCCAGAGAUCUGAAUCUAAGGGCGUUUAGGAAAGCCGAUGCAUAUGGGAAAAUAAGAGGAAAGGGACUCGGAUUUCUGGCCGAAGCCAUAGAUCUUUUUUGUCGUAUAGCUGAUAAGAGAACGGAGUGGCUAGCUACCGCUGAUUGCUUCGGGUCUUGUGUCCUUUUCGACGCAUUCUUCAUCGGCCCGCAUACUUCCGAACAUAACGAAGUAGCUGAGCGAAAUCAUUGCAACAUUUUUGAGACAGCUCAAGCUCAUGCGCUUUAUACCUCUAUAAAGAAUAGAGCAGUAUGUUCCGUGUCCAAAAUAUGGAAGAAGGAGGUGUUUCCACGACUCUACCACCCUUCUGUUCCACUUAAUCCCUAUUUCAUGGCCACAUAUCUUGAUAUGGAUAGUCUGAUGGCUAGGGACGAAAUGGAUUGGUUCCUCAGAGCUGGUUCGGGAGACCUGGAAAGAUCUUGUUUUGGUACUCCCGAUGGGAAUGGAAAGAGAGAAGAUGGUGCUUCUUACCCGCUUGGAUAUCCAGAUAUGGGCUAA